AUGGUUUCCAACGACGACUACUCCUCGUCACGAACAAACCUCGACCCAUCCCAAGACACCUCAACUUGGGACAGCCCCGACCUCUCCUCCCGCUAUGCCUCCGUCUUCCCACUCAAAAUAAAUCACGAACACUUCCAGCGGCCCAAUCCUUUCCUGCUAUAUGUCGGUUUUGGAGGUGCCUGGAACUGGGAACGCACCGUCAUGUGGUCUGUUUCACAGCAAGUCGAGGGUAUAAAGAGUUUAUUGCGACGAGAUUUGUCGCAGACGGAACUGGAUGCGUUGGCGGAGCAUGCGAGUCAUGAGAUCAACACGCGUAGAAUCGGGUUUCCGGUUGGUCUGACGGCAGGCGCGAUACAUUCCUAUUACACGUUGAGAAGAUCAUUAAGUGUGCCGAAUAAGGUCUCGCUGUUUGAGGGUUGGAAGACGGCGUGGGGUCUUGCUGCCGUGCAGGAAAAACGCGCAGCUCUGUUUGCGGCGGGGKGGAGACUUAGUCUUUGGGUGUUUUUUACGAGUGGUAUUUUUGCUUCGUAUUCGAUGACUAGCUAUAGGGUCGCGUUGUCGACAGAUCCGAGACUUGCGGACUUUAGGGAGACUAUCAAAAGGUAUAAAGAGGCGAGGGAUCAGAGGAAAGAGGGAUACAAGGAGCAGGCGAAGCAGAGGAGGGAAGGGAUUGAUACUGUGAGGCAUGCGGGCGCGACGGCUAGUGCGGAGGAGGCUGGAGAUGAGAACAAUGGCGUUGACGGCCAGAGUGGUACUUAUGGACAGGCUGAGGGACGCGGGCAGAGUGAUGCGCCGCCGUAUCAGACGUAUCAGACGUAUCAGACUCCAUCUAGGGGAACCGAGACCCCUCGCUUUGACGCAGACACUUCUUCGGGUUCGGACUUUUUCGACGAUGCCAGUCCCACAGCGCCUGAGUACCAGACAUCAGCAACGUUGAAAUCAACAUCGAAUGAGAAUGCAUGGGACCGCAUCAGACGCGAAAACGCCUCUCGAUCGUCAGUCUCCGCGCCUCCGUCACAGUCUGGCUGGGGACGACCACAGCAACAAAACACAUCUUCAGAGUACUCAUCGUAUGAACGCGAACAACAAAACGGCCAGCGAGAACGGGACUCCGCGCAGCGGGAUUUCGAUAGAAUGCUCGAUGCAGAGAGACAAGCAUCUCAGCAAGAUGCGGGAGAUGAAAACAAUAGCAAUAAGAAGGGAUGGCGACGGUGGUAG